AUGAUCACAUUUCCACCUGAUCUUUCACAAAUCUCAAAAUCGGAAAUUCUCGAAGAAGUUCAACAUAUCAUUACUCCUCACAAACCACACAAAGUUGACACAAUUAUGAAAGAUUUUCAGGGAAUAAAAGAAAAUGAAAAUCAGUUGAAGAAAACAGUUAAGGAAAAUGAUAAUGAUGCUGCACGUGACGAUUUAGAAUUGGAUUUAGAUGAUGAGAAUUUGGAUUUGGAUGAUCACGAUAACAAAGAGGAUGCUAAUACCAAUCAUGGAACUCAUGACGAUGAUGUUGAUGAAGAUGGUGAUGACGCAGACGACGACAUGGAUCAAGAUCAUGAUAUUGAUGAUGAUGACAAUCAUAACGCUAAUGUUGCUGAUGAUGAUGAUGGCACUCCUGAAGCUAAUGAAGAUAGUGAUAAUGAUGUUGAUCAAGUUGACGUUACUGUUGUUGAUGAAGAUCAUGUCAAUGAAGAUGAUGAUGAUGACAGUCAUAAAGCUAAGGAUGAUGAUGUCGAAAAUGAUCCAAGUGUGCAGAAUACUGAAGAAACUGUGAAAAAGAAACUGAAUCAAUUUUAA